GAAAUAUUUACAGGAACCUCGCAACGAUGGCGGACGCCGAAAAAGCUGCAUUGCUAGAGCAGAUUAAAGCUCAAGGCGAGGUUGUACGCAAAUGUAAGACCGAAAAAGUACCAAAAGAACAGACUUGCUGAAAGGGUCUUUCUAUCCUCUCCUUCCAUAUCUGGCGUCCUUGCUGGGGUCUGGUAUUGGCUUAUCUUUCUGUCACGGCGUGUUGCUGCUGUUCCAUCAUGUUUGGCACUGGUCUUCGACUGUGCUCCUUCCACCAAUCCUUUGUCCACAAACUUCUUGGGCCAAAACACCUGGCUUGGCUUGCUUCAUCUCAGGUAGAAGAAGAGGUUGCCAAGCUACUUGCACUAAAAGCACAACUUGGGGAUGAUGGGCCAAAGAAAUUUGUUCUCAAGACACCUAAGGGUGCAAGAGACUACAAUCCAGAGCAAAUGGCUAUACGAGAAGGUGUAUUCAAUAAAAUUAUUCAGUGUUUCAAACGUCAUGGUGCUGAGACAAUUGACACACCUGUUUUUGAGUUGAAGGAAACUCUUACUGGAAAGUACGGCGAAGACUCAAAGUUGAUCUAUGACUUGGCUGAUCAAGGGGGAGAGCUUUUGUCUCUCAGAUAUGAUUUGACUGUACCUUUUGCCCGCUAUCUUGCCAUGAACAAAGUAACCAACAUCAAACGCUACCAUAUAGCUAAAGUGUAUCGUCGUGAUAAUCCAGCCAUGACACGUGGACGUUACAGGGAAUUUUACCAGUGUGAUUUUGACAUUGCUGGACAAUAUGACGCAAUGCUACCUGAUGCGGAAUGCAUCCGAAUUGUGGCAGAGAUUUUGGACAAUCUUCAGAUUGGAGACUUUGUUGUAAAGGUGAACCACAGACGGUUACUAGAUGGCAUGUUUGCAGCGUGUGGUGUUCCUGAUGAAAAAUUUAGGUCCAUUUGUUCUGCUGUAGACAAACUUGACAAGACAUUCUGGACAGAUGUGCGAGCAGAAAUGGUCGAUGAGAAAGGCCUUGAUCCUGCUUCAGCAGACAAAAUUGGAGAAUAUGUCCGUUUCCAAGGAGGUGUUGAGGUGGUGGAAAUGCUGAUGAAGGACGAAGCCUUACAGAAGCAGCCAAGCGCAGUAGAAGCAUUGAAAGACAUGCAUCUGCUGCUCAAAUACUGUGAGCUGUAUGGAGUGCUGGACAAGGUGCUCUUUGAUAUGAGUUUGGCAAGAGGGCUGGACUAUUACACUGGUGUUAUUUAUGAGGCAGUUCUAAAAGGUUAUUCCCACCAACAAAGUACAGCAAAUGCAGAGGAACAGGUUGGCGUUGGGAGUGUGGCUGGUGGUGGUCGUUAUGAUGGACUUGUGGGAAUGUUUGACCCUAAGGGCAAAAAAGUGCCAUGUGUUGGUGUCAGCAUAGGAGUGGAGCGAAUAUUUUCUAUCAUGGAAGCAAAAGCACAGAGCUCUGCUGUCAAAAUUCGCACCACAGAAACUGAAGUUUACAUCAUCUCAGCACAGAAAAAUUUGGUCGAAGAGCGGUUACGGCUUUGUAGUGAGCUCUGGGCUGCGGACAUAAAGACUGAGCAAUCUUACAAGUGUAACCCCAAAGCCUUGGACCAGUUCCAGUAUUGUGAAAACAAUGGUAUACCCAUUGCCAUUAUAAUCGGGCAAUCUGAGAUUGAAAAGGGUGUUGUGAAGCUGAGAAAUGUUGCCACCAGAGAAGAGAGAGAAGUCAGACGUACAGAUAUGGUACAAGAAAUCAAGAAGACUUUGGCAGGCUUGACGGCUGUGGAUACAGGACUGGAUGGCAACUAAAGGGGCCCACAGCUUCAUUGCAAGCUGCUGAUAUUGUGAUUACAGGGCAGUAAUCAAACAGGCCUGGACUUUGAUAGGUCAUAGUUCUUCACUUGAUCUGUGAAAUGGCCGCCAUCUUUCUUGAAACAGGCCUGUUAUGAUCUGAUGGUUUGUUUAGGAAAGAAGACAACACAGAGUACCUAACUCUGUACCUUUGUGUCAUGCUUCAACAGGUAGAAGGUUCAGACUUUGCUUAAUUUUUUGCAGUUGAAAUAAAAGGAAAUCACAUUGUAUCCGAAUAGAAAAAUUAUAGUAGAACAUCAGGCCACAAAUCUUAGUAAUUUGUACUUUGAUAGCCACAAAAUGUCAUUCCCUUAUUAAUUCAUUUGAGUUCCAUACAAAUGUGCAUGCAACAAAAUAAUGUUGCCAUUUUCACAAAUGUGUAUGCACACAUUAUAAGAGGCUUAUGAACUAUAUAGCUAAAUGCAUAAUAGUGCUAAAAUUGUAUCAGAAUGAAAAAAAGAAUUGGUUUUUUUCACAGCAGUAGUUGACUUCUGAGGAAUCAGAUUUGUAGUGCUGUCUUCAUAUAACCCUACAGUAUACAAAUUAAAGUAUCAGUCUUCAGUGGUAGGAGAGAGACCAAUAGAAGAGAAACUGAGGCAGCAUCUACUGCAAGUUUUACCUGUUGCACAGAGUCAGCACAGUGGAAGUUAUGAUCGCAGAAGUGACAAACUGGAACAUAGAGUGCCCCUUCUGAAGAUUUAUUUUUCACAGAUAGUCCCAGUGACAGAAAAAAGGAGGCUCAAACCUCAGUUGAAAGUUGUUUGUAAUGCACAUUUUUGUUUUUCAGGCAAUGAAAAUAAACUUUCUCUUUACAUCAGUG